AUGAACACUAUGCACCAUUCCAUACUGUGCGAGUUCAUGAACAACAUUGGAUUCAUGGUAUUCGGAAACCAUCUCAUACCUCUCGACCCUGCCGAGCUCCUUCCCUUUGGCGACCCGAAUGGGAACGCCCGGUUCACCGGUUAUUACAAUGACACUAUUUCCGUUUUCAGAGCCACACAGGACAUCGCUGCGGGCGAGGAAAUUCGGAUGUGUCGUCCGUCAUACAUAUGUCUCUGCCCGCUAUGCUCUAUUCCGCCACCAGCCGUAGCCUUGCGGCUUAACCCCGGAGCCUUCCCGUUGAUUCCCGCCUCCGGCAGCUUCGCUAGCAGCUGGGCCGUCGAUGAAGAGAGACGCGAGGAAGCCAACCAAGGCGAGGAGAGAGAAAAAAGCGAAGAAAGCAAGGAAGCUGAGGAAGAUGAGAAGGAUGAGGAAGGACUGGAAGACGUCGAGAUCCCUAAGCGAAACAAGGGCAAGGGCAAAGCCAUUGACUACGUCAUCGACAACGGUGAAGGCCCCAGCAGUUCCAGAGAGGAGCGGCAGGCCACAGACCCCUACUCUGGUUCCGGAGAUGAUCCUCUUUCCUUUCGAGCAGCCUUGGCGCUACCGGCUCCGGGGCCUGGGGAGCCAAGGACCCUUGAUCCGCUCAGGAUGAACCCGGCCAACCCGUCUACUGGUAAUCAGCAGCAGAAGAAGGUUGCCAAAUCCGACAGCGGUGGAGAUACAGAACAUGUCGAGAAUGUUCCCAACAACGACGGCGCGAACGGCGUGCCCCAGGACAAGAAGCCAAGUCGCGCGGCCAGAUUCAAACUGGUCUUGAAGAAAAAGUUUGGAAUCAAAGACAAGCCUGAGAUCGAUCACCAAGAGGCCAGCCACAACAAGGAUAACCAAGCCGAAGGCGACCAAAUCGAGGACAAUCACUCCGGGGUCAAACAACCUGGUGACAGCCAGCCGGCAAGCGAACAUCAGGAGUUGGCGUGA